CUCCCGUCAGUGCCAGUGGUUCAGGAGGGUAAGGACAGAAUAAUUUAUAGAGCACGCACUAGGCGAGGAGGAGCAGAAGGGCGAGAGGAGACAGUCAAAGCAGAAGACAGGCAAAAUCUCCUCCCCUGCCUUUUCCUAGCGCACAGCCUGCGCCUUUGGCACACAGAGGCGCACAGGAUUCCUUAGCCCUGAGCAGGGCGCAAGGCGCGUCCCGGAGCAGGAGUACGCAUGGCUGGGCAACGCACGCUGCUUUUCCUGGGCUUUCUUCUCCCUGCAGUCCAGUUCUCAGAGACCGCCAAAAUCCUCACCUUAGUCACAGUUGGUGGGAGCCAUUACCUACUGAUGGACCGGGUAUCUCAGAUUCUUCAAGAUCAUGGUCAUAAUGUCUCCAUGCUUCUCAGAAGAGGAAAUUCUUUGAUAUCAGAUUUCAAAGAGGGGCAGAAAUCAUAUGAAGUUAUCAGUUGGUUUCCACCUGAAGAUAAUCAAAAAGAAUUUAACAAAUGUUUUGAUUUCUUUAUGGAAGAAGCUUUGAAUGGCAGAGCAAGAUUUGAGCACCUUAUAAAAUUCUUAGAACAAUUUGCAUCUCAGUGCAGUCAAUUGCUAAAGAGAAGGGAUAUCAUGGAUUCCUUAAAAAAUCAGGACUUCGACAUGGUGAUAGUUGAAACUUUUGACUACUGUCCUUACUUGGUUGCUGAGAAGCUUGGGAAACCCUUUGUGUCUGUUCUUCCAUCCUCUUUUAAUGCUGUGACCUUCGGGUUACCCAGUCCAGUGUCUUAUGUUCCAGUAUUCUACUCCUUACUAACGGACCACAUGGACUUCUGGGGCCGUGUGAAGAAUCUUCUGAUGUUUUUUAAGUUCUCCAUGAGGCAAAGGAAAAUUCACUCUGUGUUUGACAAUGUCAUUGAGGAGCAUUUUGCAGCAGGCUCUAGGCCAGUUAUGUUUCAUCUGCUACUGAAAUCAGAACUGUGGUUUGUUAAUUCGGACUUUGCCCUUGAGUUUGCUCGGCCCUUGUUACCCAACACUAUUUAUGUUGGAGGCUUAAUGACCAAACCUGUUAAACCAAUACCACAAGACUUGGAGAAAUUCAUCACCAGGUUUGGAGACUCUGGUUUUGUCCUAGUGGCCCUUGGUUCUAUGGUGAGCACCUAUGAGACCCAUAAAGUUCUCAAGGAGAUGAAUGGUGCAUUUGCUAGACUCCCUCAAGGGGUGAUAUGGAGGUGUGGGCGUUCUCACUGGCCUAAAGAUAUCGAAUUGGCGGCAAAUGUGAAAGUCGUGGAGUGGCUUCCUCAGAAUGAUCUCCUGGCUCACUCUAGCAUCCGUCUUUUUGUUACUCAUGGUGGACAGAAUAGCAUCAUGGAGGCCAUUCAGCAUGGUGUGCCUAUGGUGGGGAUUCCUCUCUUUGGAGAUCAGCCUGAAAACAUGGUCCGAGUAGAAGCCAGAAAGCUUGGCGUUUCUCUUCAGUUAAAAGAACUCAAGGCAGACACACUGGCUCUUAAGAUGAAGCAAGUUAUAGAAGACAAGAGGUACAAGUCUGCAGCUGUGGCAGCCAGUGUCAUCAGGCGCUCCCACCCUGUAAGCCCCUCUCAGAAGCUGGUGGGCUGGAUCGACCAUAUCCUCCAGACAGGGGGGGCAGCCCACCUCAAGCCCUAUGCCUUUCAGCAGCCCUGGCAUGAGCAGUACCUGCUGGAUGUCUUCUUGUUCCUGCUAGGGCUCACUCUGGUUGCUGGGUGGCUCUGUGGGAAGCUGCUGGCCAUGGCGGCCAGGUGGCUGAGUGGGCCUAGGAAGCUGAAGGAGACUUGAUGUGAGGUGCAGCCUUGGGGGCAGAUGUGUUUGGUGGUGAUGUCACUAUUUCUUGAGAGCUUUUCACCAGUUGUAGCAAGCCCUGUUCUCCACAUCAUAUCCACUUGCUCAUCUUGCUACAAAUUCCUCCUCACUUCUUUAACCAGUACUCUAGCCCUUCUUAUUUGCUGGAUAGUAAAGGAUGAGCUGCGACUCUGCCUCUGAAUGAUUUGGACCUCUGACCUUCAGGUUUUCAGCCUUGAAGUUCACUCACCCCCUCACAUCCUCUGAAGCACUGAGCCUGAUCAUUCCACCCUCCAUGUCUAGCAUCUUCUCAGUCUCUUUUGCUCACUCUUGCCUCAAACUCUUUUCAUAGAAUGACAUCUAUGAAGGACACUUUACCAAUUCUUUCAUUUUCUAUUUGCUUGUCCUGCAUCCUUUAUCAGGAAAGCUGUCCACGUAUGUGCAUUCAGGCUCGGAUGCACUUGUGAGUCUCCACGUUCAGGCCCUACCUCUAGUGGACCCAGAAAGAUACUCUUUGCUGGUUGGGCACGGAGACUGUGGGUUCCCAUAUUUCCUCGAAAGCAAACAUUUCCAAACAUUACAGAAUUCUCUCCCCCAUAGGUGCCCACUGGCCUAGAGACUUCUGUCAUUGUUUCCCAGAGUUGUCACUUGUUACUCAAGGCUAUAGGUUGGCUGGGAAAAAAAUCUCUGCACUGGUGGCUGUUAAAGGCAAAUGGGCCUAGAAGUGGGCAUUGGGUUAACCAACUUACUGCCACAGACCAGGGGACACUGAACCUGAAGUGGUACAAGAAGAGCAAAGCACCCCUAUUCAGGAUCUGUAGAAAAAUGUAACUGUGGAUGAAUUCUCCUUUCUGUCAGUAUGGCUCUGAAACCCUCUGUGCAGAUUUUGUGGUAAUGAGUGGGAGGUGUGUAUCUACAUUACGAUGCCCCACAUGUGUGGGAGAAUAGGGACUCCAGAUUUACUAACAGGUGCUGCAUUUACCUGAACGUUCAUGCAUACUGUUUCUGUAUUUAGGCUACCCCAACUCCUUGCAAACUCUCCUCCCUUCUGGCUGACAUUAUGGUUUGUAAGAUACCAAAGUGAAAAAUGUUAGGAUGGAGGCAAUGGAGCACACCACAGGCCUUUCCCCUUCCCUACCCUCCACAAUUUGCCUGUACUUAGAUGCCAUACACACUAUAAAGAUCAGCAAGAAGAGCACAUGAAACCCACAUAGCUCAUAAUUUCCCAUAAGUGGAAAAAUAAACAUGUAGAUUUUAAUA